AUGCCGGCGGGCCAGAGAAGCGCAAAUGACGGAGAAGGAGAGGAAGGGUGGGACCAAGAGGGGUACGACCCUGAUUACGCCUUCUAUCUUUCGCAACAUAUGGGAUUCGAGGACAGUGUCAGUGGUGCUGCGACGUCGUCUCAAGACCAGCCGGCCGUCGCCACUAAUUCUCAAGGUCAAAGAGAAACUCCGGAAGGAGGGAACCAGCAUAAUCUGAAAAGAAGCCAAGUGAUUGACCCGAUUCCGAUGGAUGUUGAUAAUACUGAAAGUGAUGACGAAGGAGACUGGAGCAGGGGUGAGAUUGAUGGGUUAUUUUGCCCUAUUUGUAUGGAGGGUUGGACUACUGGCGGUGACCAUCAAGUCUGUUGUAUUCCAUGUGGACACAUAUAUGGCAUGUCUUGUAUCAAGAAAUGGCUGCAUCAACUUGGCAAUAGAGGCAAGUGCCCGCAAUGCAAUAGGAAGUGCAAACUCAAAGAUAUCCGACCGCUUUAUGCAUCUCGAAUAGUUGCUGUUGAUCAAGAGUUGCAGAAGCAACUUCGAUCCCUUGAAUCAAAAUGUGCUUCCUUGGAGGAAAAGGAUGCAGACUGGUCUAGGAAAGAGAAAGAAUGGAAAAAGAGAGAACAUGAUUUACAUGUGCAGGUGAAAGAUCUUACAGAGAGGACAACUUAUUUAGAGAAAUCGUUGAAUGAUGCACGGAGUAGUUUGCAAGAACAACUCAACUACGGUAAUCACUUGAGGAAUAAUUUGCUUGAUGAAGUGUAUUAUAAAUUUUUUUUUAUUGAUCGUGUUAAUCAAGGAAGUCCCCCUGGCUUUAUAAUACUGAAGGAGUUACAGAUGCAGGGAGCUCGAUUAUUUGAUUUUGAUAUUCAUAAUCAGUCGUUGUUACUUGCUCGAAGACUUUCAGGAAUGGGAGGAGCAUACAUGCUUACCAAAAUAAGCUUAUUGACUCCUCAUGAGAGAGAAAACAUCCAGCUUCCUGUAAACGUGAAAGUUGUCAAGGAUCUACGUGUUUCUCCUCAUGACAGAUUAGCACUAUUGGCUUCUUUGGGGAAGAAAUUGUCUGUUAUCAGCACGGAAAGCAACAAUACUGUCCUUACCUAUGAUUUACCAACUGCCGCUUGGUCGUGUGCAUGGGAUGUCAAUAAUUCUCAGUAUUUGUAUGCUGGUUUACAGGAUGGCAUGGUUUUAGAAUUUGACCUGCGUCAAACUUCAAGGCCUGUGGAUUCCAUGGUCGGUUUAACAGAUAACCCUGUUCAUACCAUAUACUCACUUUCAGCAGAUUCAGCUUUGAGUUCUGGUCGUCGAUCAGUUCUAACUGCCUCCUCCGCAGGUUUAUGCCAUUGGAACUUUGGCAGCAGCGAAGAGAGGUCUUUCUUGAUACCUGAAUCAUUAAAUCAAGGAGUUUGUAUAUCUCUAGCUUAUGGUCCCAAAAGUGGAGAUAUAGUUGCUUCAUUCCGUCCUAAAGUUCAAAUGGAAGGUCCCACUGGCCUUUCUCAGCCACUGUCCACUCAAUCCUCGUCUCUCUUGGGCCAAGCAGUACAGGGCCUUCAUGCACAUUACAGGAGCGUUGGAGGUACUAAUAGCAUUACAAGAUAUCAGAAACUGGGAUCUACUUGUGCAAAUGUAGAUAGGAUUCGGCUACCACAAUCUGCUGUUAUUGACAGAGGUGACAAGAACUCCUAUUUUGCAGCUGGGGAUGAAGCAACAGGUGACCUGGUCUUGCAAGAGUUGCCCACUUUAGAGUUUGCUCAGCGAAUCAAGUCUUCAAAACCUCCUAUUCGUGAUGUGAAGUAUUCACGGAUCCUAGACUCUGAACUGCUUAGUUGUUUAUGCGAAGAUACGUUGCAACUUUUUAGAUGUAAGCUCCCAUGA